UUCCCGCCUCCCGCCCCCCGCUCCGUGAGGGGCGGCCCCCGCCUCAGCCCGGCCCCGCCAUGGCGCUGUCGGAGCCCAGCGAGGCCGUUCCCGAGGAGCUGUCGCCUCUCAGCCAGCAGCGGGAGCAGGAGCGCACCCCGAGCGGCGGCGCGGAGCUGAGGCGAGGCCCGGAGCAGGGCGGGCGCCGAGCGGAGCCGGGCCGGCAGCUGAGGGUGCUGCUGACGCCGCUCUCCGUGGCGGGCCGCAGGAUGCCUCAGAAGCGGCUGCUGGGCGCCUACGACGACGCUGAGGGGGAGGCGGCGGGCAAGAGGCUCCGCGCCGAGCCCCCCGGGACGCCCCCCGGCAGCCCGCCCGGCCCGGCCCCCACCGCCGCCGCCUCCCCUCAUGGCAGCGGCUCGGACGGCGGCUGGGACGCGGAGAGCGACAGCAGCGACGGCGGGGGAGAGGCGCAGGAUGGAUACCAACAGCUAUCAGCUUAUGAAAGGAAAAGACUAAAGAACAUUACAGAAAAUGCAAAAUUCUUCGCUGCCUUAAAGCUGCACGAGUCAGCUGCAAGACUUCAAAAAAUUGCAACUAGACGACAAUCUAAUGUCACUAAAAGACCUAAGCCUAAGAAGGCAGAAGAGGAAACAGUACGACGAAGGUCUAUGCGCCUGCAAAGAGUAGAGCCCUCAGUGCUGGAGGUGCCUACCCAGCCAGAGGCAGAGGAGGAAUAUCCUCAGGUUCCAGCCGGACCUCUGCCAAUGGUUCCAGAAAAUCAGGUGGAGAACAGCAAAUUGACAGAGGAAUUACUGGCUACAUGGAUGAAAAUAAGCGAGACGAAACCCAAUGAUACAGAAAAGCACAUGUGUGACAUGAAGAGAUAUCAAAACAGCCUAAACAGUAUGGUCCUCAGCGAAGAUAAUGUCAGGAAGGUUGUGCAAAACCGAGUAUGUUCUGUGGCCAUCCAUCCUUCUGAAAGCCUCAUCUUUGUGGCAGCUGGGGACAAGUACGGGCAAAUCGGCCUCUGGAACGUCGACUGUAAGGGUGAAGAAGGAGCACAUGUCUUCACUCCUCACAACUACUCAGUCAACUGCAUGCACUUUUCUCCAUCCAACCCUGCUCAUUUGCUGUCCCUAAGCCACGAUGUUCUACGAUGCGGUGACGUUACUAGGGCAAUCUUUGAUGAGAUAUGCAGAAGUGAAGAAGACUUAUCCUCCUUUGAUUUUUUGGAAGAUAACGCCUCCACUGCAAUAGUAGGAUACUGGAAUGGCAGUGUCGCUGUCGUGGACAGACGGACCCCAGGAACAUCUUUAGAGCUUUCUGCUAACAUUGGCUUCAAAAUAACGAGGACAGUCCAUGUUCACCCAGUGAAUAAACAGUAUUUCGUUGCUGCUGGCUCAGUGGAUGUUCGUAUUUAUGAUGUUCGGUACCUGAAGUCUGAUGGGAACAAGCCUGUGAGCACUCUUAAUGGACACACAAAAAGUGUUGCUUCUGCGUACUUCUCACCUGUAACUGGCAACAGAGUCGUGACAGUGUGUGCUGAUGAUAAACUGAGGGUCUACGACACCAGCUCUCUAUCAUCUACCAUUGCAGUUCUCAGCACUGUCCGGCAUAACAAUAACACAGGACGCUGGUUAACUAGGUUCAGAGCGAUUUGGGACCCUAAGCAAGAAGACUGCUUUGUGGUGGGCAGUAUGGCGCGGCCGAGACAGAUCGAAGUCUACCAAGAUACUGGAAAAUUGUUGCACUCUUUUUAUAACAUUGAUUGCUUGGGCUCGGUGUGCUCCAUUAAUGUUGUUCAUCCCAGUAAGAACAUCUUAGUGGGUGGCAACUCCAGUGGUCGCCUUCAUGUGUUCAAAGAACAAUAAUUAAAUGCUUUUUUUUUUUUUUUUUUGCAUGAUACGUUUAAUUUUUAUUAAGCAAUUCUUAAGCUAAUUGCAUUCUCUCAGGACAAAAGUGUAUUUUUAAAAGCUCUAAAAUAAAUUUUCUAAACUAC